GUUUCUCUUCCUCCGUUCCUCGUCUCUGCCAGUCUGCCUGGCUAUAUUUUGCCUCUCUCCAGUGGAACGAGCUCCUGAAGAAUCAGAGAAAAAAAUGCAAACUUUCCAACGGAUGGCAGGUUUUGCUGCAAAGGAAGCGGCUUCGGGAAGAUAUGGAAUUGGGGCGCUCGGGAUCCGGAAUCCAAGUUUCAGCUUAGCUGCCUUGCUUCCGAAAUAUCUAUCCACCAAGGGCGGCGGAGGCGGAGGAGACGAUGAAUGGAACGAUGCCUGGGAAACAGCCUGGCUUCCUGAUGAUCUGAAGGGUAAAGACCGAGCGCCGUGGGAAACAGACGUGAACUUCCCGGCCGCAGAAGCAUCGACGGCGGAGAUGUCACCGGAGCUGGACUCGGAGGCCAAGGCGUUCGUGGAGGAGAUGAAUGAGAACUGGGACCAACGGCGGGGAAUCGGGAAGACCCAGAGGAAGGACGCGGAAGAUGGAGAGAAGAAUGACGGGAAGGAGAGCGGGAAAUCGAGUGGUCUGUACAGUUUGGAGAACAUGAAGAAAGAUUACCGACUGAAGAAGCAGAGGAUUCACGCCGGGCUGUGGGUUAAGGAGAUCGAGAAGCUGCAGGAAGCGAAGCUUGCGGAAUCGGGAGCAGGGGCCGCCGAUGAUAUCGAUAGAUUGCUCGAUAGUUACUCCGAGAUAUUUGAUACGACGAAUGCCGACUUGGAUGGCACCAAGAUCCCGAAUUCUUCCGCUGAGCUGAAAAACAAGCCCGAUGGCUGGGAAACGACAUCGAAAGCUCCUGAUGGGAAUGUAUGGGACAUGUCACAGAGGGAAGAAGACAUUCUCCACCAAGAAUUUGAUCGCCGAAUAGCUUACUGCAAAUUCCAGAUCGCUAGCUUUAUAAAGAGCCACAUAUUUAGCAGGAGAAGACCCAUUGAUGGGUGGAAGUACAUGAUCGAAGUCGUUGGACCAAAUGCUAGGAAAGGGAAAGGUAGCGUUUCAAGAAUCCCAGCUCUAUCGGAUCCAUCAACUCAGCCUUUCAAGGAGGAGAAGACCCAGAUUCGAGGCAGCUUGGAACCCUCAAAGCACAGACAAUUCACUGCCUGAGUUUCUGUUUUGUAUUUUGGUGUGUCCUGAAGGUAUGGGAAGGAUCAAUCAUGAUCGAUGCAUUCUUGAAAUUCGGGCUGCAUCGAGGAGCUGGUGCUUGUUGACGAGUUGUAAUUGAGAUUCUGAAGGAUCAUUUUGUUCUGAGAAAAGCAAUUGCGAUCUGAUGGGCAAGCAUCAUGUUACAACCCAUAUCACAAAACUUCCAUGUCCCUGGCAUUCUAGAUUACCAAGGUACUAUCGACCCCAAUGACCAUAUUAACACUUUCUACUGGAAAAUGAAAACUUUUAAAGGGUUUGAGAUGCUACUAUGUGCAAAGCUUCCUCA